GCUUAAAGCAUUAUCAUUGCCGGGGGGGGGAAUCAACAUUAAUGUAAAAGUCAGUUAGUUGUUCUGCAGUUUAGACUAUUACAACAGACGUUAGCAACGCUACAAAUGUUGUAUUUGUUGUCUGUAUGGAGAAUAUAGUGAGUGCAGUACAGUCGUGGUCGUAUAUUCAUCGCCCCCUUGCUUGUGUCAGUGUUAUUACACGACUCGUCCGCCUGGUGUGCUAUACAGAAAGUUCAGCGUUGACCGUAUUUAAGCUGUGCUGGUUUGUUAAGAAAAAAAGUUAGCUUGUUUUGAUCUUCCGCGCUUCUUAAUGUGCUAAGUGCCGAUGUGCAAGGGCAAAUAAAACUGCAACUUUAUGAAAGAAAGCUAAAUUUGACAUAGAAUGCCGAGAAAAAAGAAAAGUGCCGCGCAAAGCCCCGCGAGGACUCCUGGAAAUUCCAGCGACUGCAGCACGAGCACUGGCAACGAUCUCGCUCUGCCAAGCAGAGAGACUGAUGAUAAUAAUAUGGUGUCCUCAAACUUCCAUACCAGCCGCUCUGGCAAAGAAGGAAUCGUCAACAGUAUGUUGGAGAUGUUUUCUCAUCUGGAUUCUGAAGUGAUUUAUAUGGUACUAUCUGAAUGCGACUUUAAAGCUGAAGUUGCAAUGGAUAUUCUGCUUGAACUGUCCAAUGCUGCUGAAGGAGCUGUCGUCCCUGCACCUCUCUCAGGGUUUGAAUCUGCCGCUGCUCUUUUAGGACAGAGCAAACAUGACGGCAGCGGUGCAGAGAGCAGGAGAAAACAAAACCCACCUACCAAAGGUUCUGUCUUUGUUUCAGGGAACCAGACAAAAUCUCCAGACUCCUUCGGGACACAUUUAACAGAGGAUUUUGAUUCGUUAAUAGAAUACGAGUUUGAGACUAUCUGUAAAAAGCCACAUCAUUCAGAUUUACCAUCCAGUGCUUCUAGUUCUAGUAAUGAGUUGCCCGAACUUAUCAAAUCUAGCUUGUGCAACUAUUCUACAGAUGAUCAGCAUAUUUCUACAGAGGAGCAGCCAGCUGACAACACACAGCAUCAUGGGAACUUGAAUUUAGCUGUCCUUGCAGGUCAGAUACCUUCACAGCCUGAUCAGGCCAGUUCCGGUGGUUCCAUGUUGACUGACUUUAGUUAUUUAGUAAAGGAGGUGGAGAGUGACAAACCCCCUUUAUCCUUUUCUAAUGAUGUCACAUCUGUGGCCUUCAAAGGAUCAAAAUAUAACAGCAAUCCCUUUUCCAUGAAAAGUAAGACUGUUUCAAGGGACGCUGACAACAACAGAGCUUUUGGGGGAUUUCCAUUUACAGACACACCGCACCAUGAACACAGAAUAAAUGGCAACAGUGGUACUAAUGAACAGAUUAAUUUCAAACUGCCCAAUACAGACAAUAACAUACAGACAGCACUGGGCAAUGGCAAUGACUGCAAUAUAUGGCCCUCUGAAAUUCAUCUUCCUGGACCACACAUGUUUAUCACACCUGUCGCAAUGAGCCCGGUAUGGAGAUCUGGGCUUAACUUGAGACCCUCCGGGAGGGCAGCUCCUCAUCUCAACUCUGGAGCUUUUACCCCAGCAUCUUGGGGUGGCCAGCAUGGGACUCAGCCAGUGUCCUCCCCAAUGAGACCUCCACUGCAAGGCUCUGCUAAGAGAACAGUGCUUGUGGGCAAAGUGCUAGUGCUGUUGAGAGGAGCUCCGGGCUCAGGAAAAUCAACUUUGGCCAGGAAUCUGUUGGAACAAAAUCCAACCGGGGUUAUUUUAAGUACAGAUGACUACUUCCUUUGCGAUGGACAUUACCAGUAUGACCGGUCUGCCCUUGGGGAGGCUCACGAAUGGACCCAGAAGCGAGCUAAAGAAACCUUCAGGAAAGGUCUUUCUCCAGUUAUAAUCGACAACACCAACAUUCAAGGUUGGGAAAUGAAACCGUAUGUUGCUCUGGCCCUCCAGUAUAACUACAAGGUGAUGUUUCGUGAGCCAGACACAUGGUGGAAAUACAAACCACGGGAGCUGGAAAGACACACUAAGCAUGGCGUUCCUAAGGAAAAGAUCAAAAGAAUGUUGGAGCAGUACCAACGUUAUGUUACUGUGCAAAAUAUAAUGGGUUCUACAAAUCCUAAGGCAACUGAACAGAGAAAAGAUGUGCAGCCUUCACAAGAACAGGAAGGACAAGAUGAAGGUAGCAACACAUUAAUGAAACCCGAUGUUGUUGAAGAACCGCACUUCAAACAGCAGCCAGCCAACAGUGACUUCAAAGUGAAAUCAUUACCUGAUGUGUCAUCAGUGAAAGAAAAUAUCAAUACAGAUGAUACCACAUAUAGGAGCAGCUCUAAUACUCAUUAUUUAAGUAAUGACAGUAUACGGGUAGAAGGCCAAUCAAAAUACCCAACUGUAGAAGAUGAAUUAAAAGACAAAGGUUCUUCUGAUGUAGCAUUAUAUUUAGAGAAUGAAGUCAGUAGUAAAGGAAUAGACAGUAAAAAUAAUGAGGACCUAUCUUACAACACAGGGGGAUUUGCUGCAAGGGAGGUCCCAGUAGCUUUCUGUGAAUCUAUCGGCCAGAGAGUUAGGCGGCAGAGGCGAGGGAAUCAAGACAAAGAUCACCAAAGUGAUUUAAAGACACAUGAAACUCUUGUGAAGUCAGAUCAGAGUAAUCCUGAAGAUGACAAUGCGUGCGUUGGGAAUAACUUUACAAGGCCAGAGUUACUUAGCUUUGUUGGAGACUGGCCUACACAACAGAUACUGGGGCAAAGAAACCAAAGGUCAAGGGGGUCACAGGCAUCACAGUGCGCCUGGGAAGAAACUGAAAGCCAUGUAGAUAAAAGAAAAGAUGGAAAAGAUAGGAUGGGGAUAGAACUCAAGAAACUUCUAGACCUUCUACAAGAUGCAUCCAAUAGUGAGAAAUGUGAAGCACCAACUGCAUUAUGUUCAGAUCUUGAGAAAUUCAACCUGGAAAGCAAUGUGGACACUGAAGAACCGUGUAGGUCUUCUGAAACAAGUGUCAGCUUGGAGGAUUGUAGACCUGAGCUGUUAAACUUUGUCGAAGAUUGGCCUACUACUGCUUCAUCAAGGGAACGUCAGCAGAGACUGAGAAUCCAAAAUGUUGAAGAGCACCCAAGUAUAGAAGAAAAAAAAGAACUAGUGGUAGUCAAGGAAAAUACAACAGUUGUUGAUAUCAGUGAAAGUGAUCCAAACAAAAGCUAUGAUUCUGUAGGGGGGGUGGAAAGCUCUUUAGAUCAGAGUGAGUCACAGAUCACAUGCACAAAUCAGUCUGUGGUAAAAGACACAGAUAGAUGUAUACCUCCGCAUAGUCGAGACAAAAAGUUUAAGCACAUUAGAAGAUCAGGCAAGCAGUGUAAAUUGGCCCUUACUUUUACAAACAACAGUCCCCCCUCCCUGAAAUCCUUUGAUGAAUCUCCUAAAACUCCCCAGUUUGAUGAAUCUCUUAAAACUCCCCAGUUUGAAGUUAUCCCUGACACUGUAACAAAAUCGGUGUCGCUUGUUUCAACACAGGCCACUUCUGAAGAUUUUGCAUUUCUGUGGAGGGUGGAGAACCAAAAAAUGGAUGCAUCUGGAGUAAAAGUACUUCUUGGGAAUGCAAAUAACUUUGAACCCAAGUGUUUGGACUCCACAGUAUUACCUGAGCUUCAGCAAGUUCCAUAUAGAGUCGACCACGAUAAAGGCACACAGGUAGAAGAAACUGAAUUUGAUACAGAUGACAAACAUAAUAAUCUACAGAUCCUGAGUGAGCACUUUAAAUCUGUUUCUUUCGAUAUAUUACAAGACUUGUAUGAAAAAUGCAAUCAGGAUAUGGAGUGGACUACAAAUCUGUUAUUGGAUUCCGGUGAGCAGCUGUACAAAGAGGAUGAGCUUGUAUGCACAGGUCUGGAAAGUACAGAAACUGUUGAAUUACCCACAGGUGUUUCCCACAUACCUCUGGACGCUCUUAACCAGGAGUCCUCAAACAUAAACAUUUUAGAUGAGCAUUCUGCCAGUUCGGCAGAUAAUCUUGAUGACCAUGAGGUCCUAUCAGAAGGUCAGCCAGCAGUUGGGAUUGAGAAACCUGAUGAUGGCGGUUCUGUUAAAACCGACUUUUCCGUUGGACUUGAGGACUGCACAACACAACUGACUGUAGAGGGAGGGAAUUCUGACUGUCGGACAGCCAUGGAGGCCGGUACAAAUAAACUGAUGCCUGAGCAGUCUAAACAAAUCAUCGGCGAAGACACAACAUUAAAGGACAGAUUGGAGGCAGAAGCACAGUGUGCACUUUCAGACAUGGCAGAAACCAGAGAGGGGCCAGGCAGUCUGGACCCGUCAUUGUUAUUGGAGUGCCCAUCUGGAGAAAGUGAAGGGGAAAGCACGGAGGUAGUGGAGCACCCCACAGAGAAUCGGGCCAGCUCAACAUUGUCUUCAAGACCUGCACAAAUGCCGAAAGAUGAAAGCCCAACGAAACAGCCAAGCCAGAAGUCUUUAGGAUCCUUGAAUAUCCAAUCCUUAGAGCUGUGUUUACCUCCAGAACUGGCUUUUCAACUCAGCGAUCUCUUUGGACCAGUUGGAAUUGAUCCAGGUACUUUGUCGCUAGAAGAUUGUGUUGUCCAGAUAGACCUGAAUCUUGCUAAACUCAUACACCAGAAGUGGAAGGAAGCCAUACAAGAGCGUCAAAAACAAGAGGUUCUGUCUUACCAGCUACUUCAAGAAAACCCCUUGUUAUCAAAUGAUUACCAGCUUGACAGACUGAAAGGCAGCUGGGGUGGGACUUCUGUCCCUGGGGCUGAGGGAGCUUUUGGCCAGUGGGAGUCGUCGGAGGGGAUGCCGUUUAUGGAUCACUGGAGUGCUCAGGCACCCCAUGUCUCACUCAAGGCCAUUAUGUCAGAGGAGAUGGCCUUGCAGGAGCAGUACAAGAAGGCUAAAGUGAAUCCUGUGCUGGGUAGAAAAGAUGGUGCCGCCAUGCUAAAAGAGAAACAGCUUUUUGAUACAUUUCCCAGCAUUGAUCGCCAUUUCCUUAUGGAUAUCUUCAGGGAUAAUAACUAUUCCCUGGAACAGACUGAACAGUUCCUGAAGUCUUUACUUGACGAAGGACCUGUGAAAACAGUUGUAGCCCAAGGUUCCGUCCAUCGCAGCGAGACUCCCUGUCCGCAAAAGGAAAGGAAGAGAGCGAAGGAGGCAGAGGCGGCUGCAGUAGACUCGCUGUUCCAGGACACGGAGGACCCUGAUUACGAUGAUUACAGGACUGAAGCCUUGAUUCAGCGGCGUAGUCAGCAGGAAUGCUUCAGCAAGGCAGCCGAAGCCUAUCGCAAAGGCAUGAAGGAAGUAGCGACUUAUUACGCACAGCAGGGCCAUCUUCAUGGACAGCAGAUGAAAGAGGCCAACCACCGUGCUGCUGUGAGGAUCUUUGAGAGAGUCAACGCCUCGCUGUUACCACAGAACGUUCUGGAUCUCCACGGGCUUCAUGUGGAUGAGGCCAUUCACCACUUGAAGAGGGUACUGCAAGAGAAAGCGGCAGAGUGCCAGCAAAGCGGCGGUAAACCACACCUCUCUGUGAUUACGGGAAGAGGAAACCACAGCCAGGGGGGAGUAGCUCGCAUCAAACCAGCCGUCAUGGACUACCUCACAAGCCAUGGCUUCAGAUUUACUGAGCCGAAACCUGGCCUUGUGCACAUCAUGCUAAGAUAAGGGGUACAGGAUACCAGCAAACCAACUUCUUGGUAUUUUGAAGUGAAUAUCUAAAAACACAUGUGCACACUGGUACCUUUCGACCUUUCGAUGUUGUGUUUAUAUAUAUAUAUAUGUGUGUGUGUGUGUGUGUGUGUGUGUGUGUAUA